AUGCAGCAGCCGAAACUCUUCUACCCACCACACGAGACCUACGCCUCCCGGCCUUUAGAGCGACCCGACGGCCAGCCCAGCCGCGCCUUUCCGGCUUUUGUCCUCCCAGAAAGUCUUGCCUCUGUAGGGGCACCCAGUUUGUACCACCCGCCCAGUCAAGAUCUUUGCGCAACGCCCCCCGCAGGCUUCCACAUGGCGCCCUGCGGCUGCUUCUUUGACCCCAGAAUCUACCGCAUCGAGUGGGCCACGGCCAAUUUUGUCCAGCCCUCGGUGUAUAAACUCUCCAGCGGGCCCGGCCAGCAAAGCUCGUACCUUCUGGACAACCAGAAGUACCUCAAGGGGCCGGUCCAGCCGCUCCCCUACCCCCCCUACCAGCCCGUGGCCAGCAACCCCCCCUUUGCCAUGCCCUUCUUCAAGCCUGAGGGGUCCCCUGCCAAGCUUACGGACCACGUCGGCUUUGUCGCCAACCUGGCCCACGGCCCUCCGUUCGUGGAGGUGCCCCGUCUCCCGGGUGAGAGCCUGGUGCACGUGGAAGACCACAAACUGCUUGCGGCGGUCCCAGGUUCGAGUCUGAAGGAGCAGCAGCGUGGCCAAGCGGGCCCUUACCAGCCUCUUGACCCCGGCCCUGGCCCUGGCCUGGCCUUCCGGGCCUUGGCGAGCUUCCCGGCAGAAGAGGCAGACUUUAAGGGCGGUGAGGCGCCGGUGGAGAUCGGGGAGCCCGCUCUGGCCCCUGGCGCCCACCCCGAAGACCCGGCAGCGGCCUGCGAGGGGGCGGGGGCGCUGGGGCCUUGCCUGAGCCUGGAGGGCAUCGUCCCCCGGGAGCCCCCCUUGCUGGAGGAGCCGGAGGAGGCCUUCCACCUGCUGGACCAGGUCCCCCUGGAGGAUGCCAUGAAGCUCUUCGACUGCUCGCCCGCCAACUCCGACACCGAGGCCUCCCUCGAGGAGCUGGGCCAGGGCGGCCUGGGCGCCCCUCCGGGGGCGGAGAGCGGGCGGGAGGGCUGCUUAUCGGGCGAGGACUCGUCCAGCGACAUCCGCUCCCUCAACCUCCCGGACGAGCUGCUCUCCUUCGACUACAGCGUCCCGGAGAUCCUCAGCGCCGUGACCAGCCUGGAUUACCUCUACGACGUGAACGCCUUCGGGGAGGAAGCCUCGUGGGACAGCCGGCCGCCCUCCCAGCCGCUCCCCAGGCGCGGCUCCCCUCCGGACGCGGAGGAGAGGAGGAAGGACGCCGCCGCCCCGGCCGCCAAGAGGGGCAAGGCCGGGGCCGGGAAGCCCGAGCCCGCAGCCGGGCAGCGGGGCGGCGGGGAAACUCCCGAGGCGGACCCUGCCCUGCCGGCCGUCUGA